GUCACUGAACGCAGCUUUCAGAAGCAUUUUACACAAGAACAGGAUAUUGGCAACUCAACUGUUAAAUCUGUCUGUGAUCAUUCUUCCUUGAGAUCACUCUGAUGUCACCAGUGUAAUUUGAGCCGGGAGCUUUUGUUCACACUUUAAAUAGUAGUCCCGGAAUGAUUUUGCUACAGACUCUCUGGAGAGCCCCGGGAGCUGAAUUCCAGAAGAUCCCCAUAUCGAUGAAAGCAAAGCGAAGCCACCAAGCCAUCACCAUGUCCACGUCGCUUCGAGUAAGCCCAUCCAUCCACGGCUACCACUUUGACACAGCUUCUCGCAAGAAAGCUGUGGGCAAUAUCUUUGAAAACAUAGAUCAAGAAUCACUCCAGAGGCUCUUCAAAAACUCUGGAGACAAGAAAGCAGAGGAGAGAGCCAAGAUCAUAUUUGCAUUAGAUCAAGAUUUGGAGGAGAAAACCCGAGCCCUGAUGGCCCUGAAGAAGAGGACGAAAGAUAAGCUUUUACAGUUUCUGAAACUGCGGAAAUAUUCCAUCAAAGUUCACUGAGGACAAGCAAAUGGAUAAGGACGUUAUCCACGAAUGAACAUUUAAAGACCCAGUGAGUUUGUGGGACUCUAACAGAGGCAGCAUUUUGUGGCUGUGUUGCAAGCUUCUCUCGAGUCAGGACUCCGAGCCUGAGAAGGGACAGAGCAAACUGGUGGCCAAGACCCCAACCAUUUCCACACCCUGUGCUGUGCGAUGACAGUGGAGAACAAAAUGCUUUCAGCAAGAAUUUGAAAACUCUCCCUGCAGGAAAGGACAGAUGCUGGUAGAAGAGAAUGGACAGAUGCAGUGCCAACAGAUGGCCCAGGAAGACAGACGGACAUCCAGGGCUACAUUGUCAGGUCCUGGGACUUAAAUCCAAACUGAACUGUGUUCAUCUAUUUUUCUCCCCAAUUGAACUGGGCAGGGAGAGAGGAGGGUGAGAGAGAAUGGAGAAAAAUACCAAGCAUCAAUUGUUUACUGAAUUCUUUUUGUCAGAAUGUUUGAAAUGUUGUCAAGUCUCAAUAUUGUCUAUUGGUAGAGAUUUUUAGAGAUCUAAAAUUAUUUAUUUGCAUUUAUGACAAUGCCUGAAAAAGUGCACCACCUGGGUGUUAAGUACAAAUGGAAGGAACUUUCUCAGCUCAGUGAAACCUACGCCACCUUCUGGUUUGUUUGUAAAGGGAUUUUAUACAUUUCAAACAGGUUGCACAGAAGUUAUUAAAAUAAUGGGGUUCUUCAUAAAUCUGAAGUACUGUGAAAAAAAUUUUAUAAUGUUUUUUAAUCUUCUGACUAAUGCUAAAAUAUAAUCUAAUUAAAUUACUUAUAGUUACCGCAAUAAGCAUUAGGAAGUGAAUAUGAUAUACUAAAUAGUUUAUAAAGAUGCUAUGGUUUCUAUAAUUUAUUAUACAUGCCAAGUGAUAUGCAACCCUAAUAAAUUAUUAUAAACUUA